AUGGCUGAGCUGAAAAAGAGAACCCGCUCGAGCUCCGUCAGGAAGGGUGUCCAGUCCGUCGCUGACAAGGCCGCCUCCAUGCUCCCCCAUAUGCCCCACAUGCCUCACAUGUCCCUCGAUCUCGAAGGCAUCGACGCCGCCAUUCUCCACAAGCUCGACACCCUCCUCCAAAAGAUCGAAUCAAAACUCAGAUCCAUCGAGGCCCCAUCCCUCGAAAAGGUCGAUCUCACCCUCCGCCAGCUCGAAGAGACCUAUGCCACCCUCGAGAUGCCUUCCCUCGACGACAAAAUCCACGCAACCCUCAAGAUCAUGGAACAAACCUACCAGCACGCCCUCCAGGCAAAGUCGACCCUCAAGGACAAGCUCAGCACAGCCAUCUCCAUCCUCGAGGACAAGUACGUCGAGCUCGAACAGACCUCGUUCGAGCGCAUGGACGACGCUAUGGACAUGCUCGAAAAGGUCGACAGCCGUGCUAUUAUUGACUACACUAUCGACACCAUCGACGCCCCUCGGCGGGCUGCACUCGCUGGCGCCAAGAGGCUGUUGCGUUUCGAGGAAUUGCCUGAGCAGUGGCAGGAGAACAAGUACAUCCUCUCGGGCUAUCGCUUCCUCUCCUCAAAGACACAGUGCUUCAAGUCCAUCUUUUACGUCCACAACGAGUCUGGCAACAUCUGGACCCAUCUCCUCGGCUUCUUUUACUUCUUGGCCGUCGGCAUCUACUUCUUUUCAGGAUCCAACCCAUACUUUUCGACGACGACCAUGACCCCAACAUAUAACCUGCCCUAUGUGCCCGCAGACGGAUAUGACAAGCUGGUCUUCCUUGUCUUUUUCUUGGCUGUGUACAAGUGUCUCCUCAUGUCUUCGCUCUGGCACACAUUUGCUCAGAUUGCACAUGAAGGCACGAUGAAGUGCAUGGCCUGUCUGGAUUAUGUCGGUAUUUCGAUCUUGAUUGCCGCCAGUGUUGUUGUGACCGAGUACUAUGGUUUUUACUGCGAGUCGACCUUCCGCAACUCGUACAUUGCUGCCACCGCCCUGUUUGGUGUCGCUGGUAUUGUCGUCCCUUGGUUGUCCUGGUUCGAUCAAAAAGCGUCAGCCUUGUUGCCUGUCUUCCACUUGAUGCUGAUCCAGGGCGCUGCCCCCACGGUGGAGUGGAUCUUCCCUCUCCUCAAGUCGAUGGGCUCUUAUCUCCUGGGAGUCUUUGUCUAUGCCAACCAGUACCCCGAGAAGCUGUUCCCCGGACGGUUCGAUCACCUGGGUUCCUCUCACCAGUUGUGGCAUCUGUGCGUCCUUGGAGGUGUGUACUUUAAUUUCUCUGCUGCACUUUCCUUCUGGGAGCGUCGGUAUGAGUUUGGGUGCCCCUCUGGUUGGGAUGGCAUUGCCCCCGUUGGUGGUUUGGUCCCCUUCUCGUAA